AUGUCUCGACGACUGGGAAGACCUGCCAAGAGGAGGGAGUCUCAAUACGCCGGUCUUCCAGCGGAUACGCAACGCAUGGACCCUCGGCGCCACCAACGAGACAGGAAGACGCCAGUUUCCAAGAGAAAAGCAAAAGAAGACCAGGCGCACAACAAGGACGACGAAGACGACUUCCCGCAAAGUCUUGGAGAAACAGUAGCAUAUGAUAAGGUUGCCGUUGACCAGACUAUGCUAGACGACAUCUCCCUGGAUGACACUAAUCUGAGUACGCCUACCUUUGGCGAAAAGGAUCAAUUGCCAUCAUUUGCAGUCAACGAUGCCCUCGAUUUCUCUUCUGACAGCUGGCUGCAAGAAUUUCUCUCUCAGCAAGGUCCUGAACUUGCACAAGAGAGUGAUCUCUUUGACACGCUGGCCCUCGAAAAGCCCAAGAUCGAGAAGCCAUGGAUUGUCAUGAAACAGGGGUACAACGAUUCGGAGUCCUCUCCGCAGAGCUUUGCCAUGUCGCCCCCGGUAAGAGAGGAUCACCCGCCGACAGUGAGCCUUUAUUCCGCAGAUGAUCUCGUGACCACUGAGGCUGUUACCGGCAGUACCCAGUGCCUUGCUACCAUUGAAGCUUCCUGUCCGGAAUACCUCAAGAAUGGCGCUUCAGUCCGGCCUCAGCAGCCCUCAAUGGCAGAGGCUCUGUCUGGAACAUCGUGGACUGCAACAGAACAAGCAAGUCUGCUUGCCCAUUCGAGAGUUUGGAAGCGUCAGAAUGACUUUGGCUUUUCAACUGAUAAUUUUUCUCCGAGCCUCACGCCCGUGAGUACUGGGACCGGUCGUCAGUGUCAAUCUACGAUUGAUUCCAUCUUGGACUCUCAGCGAAUUGUGCAACAUUUGGCAGAAUCUAUCCUGCAAUGUGCUCUCUGUUCCAAGACACGAGUCAAUCUCCUCAUGGUGGUGGUUGUCAGCAUUGAUAGUUUAAUCACAACACUUGAAGUACUCAUGUCCGGGGACGGUCGCUUGGUAGAGGGUGUUUUGCCCGAGUUACAGGAUCAUAUGCUUCUCCAGCCCGAUUUUGAGCAUGAAAUUGCCAUGGAUGGGAGCAACCGAAGGUACACAGGUGGUGUUUUCCAUUUCAGGGCCGAGAUACAGAAUUGUCCCUUAAUGACUGACUGGACUGUUGGCCAUCAUCCGUCGCAUAAGGCAUUGUACGCAGCAGAUGCUGGCGAUAUCUGCUUCGCGUGCAAGGUUGAGCAUGAUGAUGGAGACGGAUCGGAGAUUACAGUUGUUUAUGAUGAGGAUGAGAAUGUUCACUAG